CACCCCCGCCCUCCGCCCCCCAUCCCCUCGGCUCCCUCCCCGGUCAGAGGGACAGAGCGAGAAGAUGGCGAAGACGUACGAUUAUCUCUUCAAGCUGUUGCUGAUCGGAGACUCGGGGGUGGGCAAGACCUGCCUCCUGUUCCGCUUCUCCGAGGACGCUUUCAACACCACCUUCAUCUCCACCAUCGGAAUUGACUUUAAAAUAAGAACAAUAGAACUCGAUGGAAAGAAAAUCAAACUGCAGAUAUGGGACACAGCUGGCCAGGAAAGAUUCCGAACAAUUACAACAGCAUAUUACAGAGGAGCCAUGGGAAUUAUGUUGGUAUAUGACAUCACUAAUGAAAAAUCUUUUGAAAAUAUUAAAAACUGGAUAAGAAACAUUGAAGAGCAUGCCUCUUCAGAUGUUGAAAGAAUGAUCCUGGGCAACAAAAGUGAUAUGAAUGACAAACGACAAGUAUCAAAAGAAAGAGGAGAGAAGUUAGCCAUCGAUUAUGGAAUUAAAUUCCUUGAGACAAGCGCAAAAUCCAGUAUAAAUGUAGAAGAGGCAUUUUUUACACUUGCACGGGAUAUAAUGACAAAACUCAACAGAAAAAUGAAUGAUAGCAAUUCACCAGGGACAGGAGGACCAGUGAAAAUAACAGAAAAUAGAUCAAAGAAGAGCAGUUUCUUCCGCUGUACACUCCUUUGAUAAACUCUUAAUAAUGGACUUAAAGCAGCACACCCAGAAGAACCUUUCCUGCUUUUCUGAAAGCACAGGGUCAUGUAGCCCCAGAGACACAAUACCACCAAGCUGCCACUGAGAGCUCCAUGGAACUCAGACUUCUUUAAACAAAAUACAGUAUGGAUUUUGGCCACUUGGUCUUUCAGCAGGUCAGGCUCCUUUCCUCAAACAUGGAAGCAGUGAAGUGGAGACACACGCAGGAGUUAACUUUUUGUUUGUUUUCUUGCCUGUUGCAAAAGCUGCUAUCUUUCUUUUAACUUUGCACAUCAGUGUUAGUCCCUGCCUGUUACAGCACAAUCUAUACUUGUAUUUGCACAGUUUUGUCUUGUGAAGUUCUUAACAGAUUUGUGCAUUUUCAGGGAAGUUUACAAAAGAGUAAUUUUUAAAUUUACACAAAUUUAGAGACUUCAUCUGGUUCAUCAAGAGGAAUGUAAUUUGUAGCAUGUGCUUUGAAGAGCUCUCAUAUGUGAAUUUCUUAAAAAGAAAAGUUAACUGCUAAUGAGAAUUUUUUAAAUUCAAGAAAAUGCACCAGUCUGUACUGAGGCUACACCUUCUUCCUUUCUUCCAAAUAUAGGGCUUUGCUUCAUUCUUACCUAUUUGACCACACAGAUAUUAGGAGUACCCAAGACUGUAAUUUUCUAAAUUUAUAUCCUUUCUUCCUGGUUUAUAAAAACUGCUCUAAAUCACUUUUACUUGACUAUUCUAAAAAUUUUUGAUGCAAGGUAAUAUAAUGGAUGAAGUUUUGGCCUCAGAGUCAGGAAGACUUACAAGUAAUCACUUUAUCUUCUAGUCAGUGCCCCAGGUUACAGACAAGUUGCUAAUCCUUAUUUCUGUUGGGAGUUUCUCUGAAGGAGCUUUCUACAGGUAAUCACAUCCAACUUUAUCCCAGUAUACUUUUAUUUACACACACACACACACAAUGGUGUGGCUGGAAAUGUUUGGGUUUUUUGUUCAUUCUUUUUUAGUGGCUUAUGGUAAUUCCUCCACCAGCCAAUGCUCAAAAUUUUCUUCUUGGAUUUACAGUCCCUUUGCUUUUGGAUAUCUCCUUUAUACCAGCCAUUUAUAACAUAAACUCUGAUUAGGGUUAGCAGGAUAGUCUGUUAGCUUGCAGAAAGCUUACCUGUCUAAAGAGAGCAACCUGAGUAGAUAGCAUAACAGGGAAAUUUUAGGGAGUUGGGUUUUAAAAACAUGUAUAUACUUUAUGGAACUUAGUGAAGCCUCUAGUAAAUAAUACCCUUUGAAAAAGGAAACAUGAACCCUGUUUUUAGUUUCAAAAUAGCUAUUAAUGAAUUUGUAAAACCUAAUUCUAUCUAUUCACAUUCUAAGUUAAUGAGUAAAAAAGUUGAUGGUGUUAUUUAGGGCAAAGCCAACCAAAAGCUUACCAGUCUUUCUCUCAUUGAACACUGGUCCUGUUAUACUCUGCAGAUAUUCUUUUAAAGGAAAAGAAAAAGUUCAUGGAGCAGAAAUAAGAGAAAUUAGUGUUUAUUAAGGUGCCAAAUCAGGUCAGGGCAAACCCAACAAUGUAUUUAAUAGCACAAGUGGUAACAUAGAAAGGAAUGAUUAAAAGGAUGAAUAAAUGAAAUGUAUCCUUGUUAGGAAAUUUUUUCUUUGUAUACUUGUUCUGCUUUACUGUAGUCACCACCAUGAUUAAGGAGUAAUAGGAAGAAAAUGAAUUGGCUGUAACUACAGAGAAUUUCGUUUGAAACGAGAUUUUGUCAUUAGGAUGCUUUGACUGGUUUAUCUAUCUCCAUGUUUCAAAUUAAUCAGCACUAAAUAUGCAAAAAGGUAUUUGAUUGGUGUUAAGAUCUUACUACAAAAAAUCAUCAAUCUCCUAAGACUUUGUAGUCAUCUUUAUAGGUUUGAUUUGCUAAGGUGUUUAUAGAUGAAACAAUGCUCCCUGUUGCUAUUUCACAUAUAAUGUUUCCUUAUAACCUGACUGUAAAUCACUAUAUGUUACUCAGAUGGAUUUUUUUAAGGGAAAAAAAAAUGUUCAAAAACAUCUCUAAUCAUUGUGUGUACUUAAUGUUUUCCAGAAAAGGGUCAAGUAGUUAAGUUUUCUGUAAGGUAGUAAAAGUGCUUUCUAUAAAGGCAAGUAUUAUGACACCAUUUAUGAAUGUAAUUAUCUUUCAGUAAUUUACCUCUGACUAUCUGGUGUCUUAAUACUGAUUUUUAUCUCAGGGGUUGUCUGCAAACCAAAACUGACAUAAUCUGUGGAUAGCAAUGUUGUUGGUUUGUUUUUAGUAGAAUGCUUUGCCUUUGCUCCAUUUUUCUCUCUGGUUUUGUCCUGUAUUUGUAAAUACCUAGUCUCCAUGAAUUUCCCUCUGAAAGAGCCUGUAAAAGUUAUAAGUCUAAAAUUUUAGCUUUUUGAAGUAGCAGCCAUUUGGGGUAUUUGCUCUGUUGUAAAAAAAAAAAAAAAAAAAAACAAGAUGUCUUUGCUAUUUUCUUACAUCUAGCCAUGCUAAAUUGUAUAUAAAUUUGAAGUGAGACCAUAGGAAAUUUCACUUUAUGCAUGGUAAAAUGAUCCAGUAAAUAUUUCAUUUUGCUUAAUAAUGUUCAUAUAAUACAUUAUUUUUUUCUAUUUGUAGAAGGAUUUAAUAACAGGCAAUUUUGGCUGUUCCCUGAUGAAACUAAAUUCUAGUUUCACAUGAAUAUUUUUUGGUCUUAUAAAAUAAAAUGCAGAUAUUUGCAGCAGUAUUAAGUGGUUCAGUGGCUGCACUUUAUUAUCAAUGUGCUAAUCUUUUUAUAAUGGUUGGUGUAGACCUUUUCAACUAGUCUGAGAGUGUCAGACAAUGAAAAAUGUGCUGUAUCUAAGUAGCAUGUAAGUCAUUGAUUGUACUGUUUCGCUGGGAACCUCUUUUAGCUAUGUUUUACUUUAGAAAAACAGAUAACAAUAAAUUCUAAGUUUUGCCUGUGCAUCAAUUCCUGGGUGCUGCAGGUUUUCUUACUAUCCAUAUGAAUAUUUUGUGCAGUCUUUGUAAGCUUUGAGAAGACUAUUAUCUUUACUUUGAAGGACUUUUUAAAACUAUACCUCAGUUUGAAAACUAGUAUUCUAAUAUCUAGUAGAACAAAGGUGAGCCAGCUGUUAAUACAUUUUACAGAAUAGAUUUAUUUGUUUUGCCUUGAAUUAAGGCAUCAUUAGUCUUUAGGUUAAAAGGGGACAUUUCAAAGUUUAGACUAGAAUUUAUGAUGUUAUAUCCAAUAAUGCAAAAAAAAUAAUUCCAGCUUUUUAAAAAAGUGUAGCUGUGCAAUAUAGGUAAACUUCUGCAAAAGUUCCUCUUAGAUUACAGUUUACUUUUAGGUCCUCAAUGGUAAUAAUCUCUAUUUUGGCUAAUAAAGUUUUGAAUUUAUGAUCAACAAGUAAAAGAUUCAUUGGAUUUUUUUUUCUUGUUCUUUAGAUUUUAUUUUUCCAUGAGCAAGACUUUUAUAUAAAUUUAGUACUUCACCUUUGAAAAUGAUAUUUGAUUUUUCCUUAAGUUAAAACCAUGUUUGGUUUCCUUAUGUAAAAUGUAGGGCAUUUAUUUGUAGUUGACUUUGCAAAUGUCUCUUUUUAGAAAGAGCAUUUCCUCUUCUUUUUUGCACCAUCUGAAAGAAAAGGGAUGCCUCAACAUGUGACCUACAGAAACAGGAUGUUAGUGAAAAAUAUUAUUUGACUAGCAGUUUUACAGUAGAGUUAAAAUGUUUUUAGGCUAAUAAAAUUGAUGUUUCUUGUUCAAUAUGGAAAUUUAUCUUAAUCUGACUUUUAUUUAGUGAAAUAUGCAGAUAUGAAGCUUAAAUAAUUAUUUGUAAUUACUUUCAGAUCACUUCAUCUCUUGUGCUUGUGCCACAUUUGAUUAGAUUUAAUUAUGCCAAGAAAAAUAUAAUUUCCAUUUCAUUUUCUUAGUUUAUACUGAAUUUAAUUAUUGCAGUGCAUUCCUAUGGCCUUAUAAAUGGGUAUUUUUUGUUUAUUUGCAACUGACACUGCUGAAAUAGAUCUCCAACUUCUUUAAUGCAAUAUGUAGUUUAAGUAUUUGACUAAAAAUUAAAAAUCUAACAGAAAAAGCUCAAUUUUUCAAUAGAUUUGCCCUACCCUUUGUGUGUUUAAGUACAUUUUAUCUCUGUUCCAAAAGCUUAAUGUGAAAAACUCCUGCAGAUAAAUGGACUUGUUAUGUGGUUAAGUUUGUUUGAAUAUAAUCAUUAACUGUGUACUGAUAUUGAUGCUGUGUUCAAAAGGAAAAAAAAUGGAUUUUAUUUCAUGUCACAUUUUUUUAUUAUAACAAUGUGUCUAAAAUAAAGACUACAUAAUUAUGAAAUACA